AUGCAUAAGAGAUUUGACUGACAACCAUUUCUCCAAAAGUAUAAUCUUCCUAGUAAUUUGAUUAGCAGAAAAACUUUGAAUUAAUAUGUAAAAAGUAAUGUUGAUACCAAAUGCUCUAACACUACUGUUACAACAUUGGUUAUGAAUGAGCAUAAAGCAGACAAAAUGAACUCAUGCCAUUUUAUUUGGUUAUUUGGUUUCACUAUUAAGAGAAAGAUUUAGAAACUGGAAUUAAAUGGAUUACAUCAAUUGUUAUAAGUGGACAGUGGAAGUCUUGUAACAUCUUCCACUUGCGAGAGAACCAGACUGCCAUGCAACUUAUUCUUUUAUGCAUCUUCCUGGUUUAGUCUCUUUCCUUUCUUAAAAUUAUUAUUAAGAGAGUACUAAAAUUAUUUUGAAACAACAAAAUCAAGGAAAUACAAUUCUUUCAUCAUGCAAGCACCCAUAUAUUUUUAUUUAUUUUUUCUCAUCACUUAGGUAAGGAUUAUUCUACUCGCUCCACAAGUCUGCUCUACUCUUAUUCCUACAAUUGUAUGCAUGUUAUUCUUCUUUCCUCCUUGCACUAUAUAUACCUCUCUUAGGAUUAUAAGCAGCUAUAGAAAAAACAACAAUCAGCAAUAGCAUUUCAUAACUCGGACACUCAAACCGUAUGGAAGAGAAACUUCGUAUAGCAGUAGGCAUUUUGGGGAAUGCAGCCAGCCUCUUACUCUAUGCUGCACCAAUAUUCACUUUCUCAAAGGUGAUAAGGAAAAAGAGCACCGAAGAGUAUUCAUGCGUGCCAUAUAUCAUGGCCCUAUUGAACUGCUUCCUCUACACUUGGUAUGGUUUGCCAGUAGUAAGUUACAAGUGGGAAAACUUUCCUGUGGUCACAAUCAAUGGAUUAGGGAUAUUUCUGGAGCUAUCUUUCAUACUCAUAUAUUUCUACUAUGCUUCAACAGAUGGAAAGAAAAAGGUGGCCAUGAUGACUCUACCUGUUCUCCUGCUGUCCUGUUCAGUAGUACUAAUAUCAACAUUUGUAUUCCAUGAUCACCAUCAUCGCAAGGCGUUUGUUGGAAGUGUAGGACUGGUAGCAUCGGUAGCAAUGUAUGGUUCUCCACUUGUGGUUGUGAGAAAAGUGAUGCAGACGAAGAGCGUGGAAUUCAUGCCAUUCUACCUGUCGCUUUUCUCAUUUCUAGCAAGUUCGCUUUGGAUGGCAUAUGGACUAUUGAGCCACGAUCUUUUUCUUGCGUCUCCAAAUUUGGUGGGUAGCCCACUAGGCAUCCUGCAGCUCUUCCUGUACUGCAUAUACAGGAAUAGGGGAAGUGAGAAACAACCUCAGAAAUGGGAUCUCGAAACUUGUUGCGAGAAAUCAGAGCAACAUGUACAGGUGAAAGAGGAAAAACCAAUUAUUCAGUAUCUAAAGGUGAAGGACGAAAAAGAUGAUGAGAAAGCAAAUCAGAAUUUGCAGCUGGUGGUUGCUGAUGAAACAAAUGGGAAAAACUGAACAACUUUCCAAGGGAACUAGUUGAUGUACGUGUGAAUAAAUGCCAGAAAGCAGAGAAAUAGACAGAUGCAGAAUCAUUUGGCCACACCUCACAAAAGGAAUGAGGACAAAUUUGCAGCAUGCUAGAGUAGAGAAACUACUACUAUAACUAUAAAUGAAAGUGUACACAACAGUUGAUAUGCAAAAUAAAAGUUGUUCAUCA